UCAAAAGAUUUAUCCUCGGAAGUAUUCAGCAGGUAACUUCGCUCAUAAUGCUAGAUUUCUUCAGACGUAUUCUACAACAUAUUUGAGUAUGCGGCUUGUGUAAUACACGUCUGUUGUAAGUUUCAUACUAUACAGUAUUUCCAUUAACCAAUAUUUCGCGCCAAACGUUGACAAUGGUAUAUUCACAAAAGUAUUCAAUUUGCGUUUUAAUUAUAUUUCGCCUUGGUGUUGUAACUGCCCACAAUUUGGAUGUUCUAAACGCUCAAGUCUUCGUGGGUCCAGAAAGGAGUAAAUUUGGUUACCGGGUACAGUUACAUAAAAACAAUAAAGGCAGUAUGGUUCUCGUUAGCGCACCAACUGGAAAUUCAUCGUACCUGCCUAUGUUGAACAAAACUGGUACUUUGUACGCAUGUAGAACCAGUAAUAGCAGUUGUAAUGAAGUAAAGUUAGAUACUGAAGGUAACCUGAAAGGGCCACGGAGUCAGUUUCCAAUGAUUCGUGAAGAUAAACGAGACGGGUGGCUUGGGGUGUCUCUUACUCGAAACAGCUUGAACGGUGAGAUAGCUAUAUGUUCUCACUUAUGGAAGAACCGAUUUUCAUCUGGAUUUUUCAGCGCUAACGGCGUGUGUUACAUUAUCGAUUCGCAACUAAAUUAUGAUAGUGUGGUAAAACGUCGACCUUGUAUGUAUGAGGAGCAGUCGAGGUUUAAUGCAAUUGACUACAGUUUUUGUCAAGCUGGAAUAAGUGCCGUUUACCGCAAAGGCUCAACAACAUUGUUACUGGGAGCUGUCGGUUACAGAUCCUGGCAAGAGGAGCAGUCGAGGUUUAAUGCAAUUGACUACAGUUUUUGUCAAGCUGGAAUAAGUGCCGUUUACCGCAAAGGCUCAACAACAUUGUUACUGGGAGCUGUCGGUUACAGAUCCUGGCAAGGUACUGUUAUUUCGAUGAAAGGAGGAAUGACAAGAUUUGCCGAUACUAAUAGAUGGAGUUUUCCAACAGACCGGCAGAAAGGUUACAUAGGAUUUUCAGUUGCGUCUGGUUAUUUAUUCUCAACAAUUGCUACAGUCGGCAUAACCGGCGCACCACAUAAACGUCACAGAGGUCACGUGAUCAUCUUUAAUCAAGACAACUUUGAUUUACUGAAGGAGAUACCGGGAUCAGGGUUCCUUUCUUUCUUUGGAGCUGUUGUUGCUGCCAUCGAUCUCAAUGGCGAUGGUAUAGAUGAACUCUUGGUGGGCGCGCCCAGGUUCAGGGACGUCAAAAACGAAGGCAAUGUGUUCAUUUACAGCUUCAACGAAGAUGCUGAUGUAUCGAUGUCAUGGACGAUUGGAGGCGCACGAUCGGUUGGUGGGCAAUUCGGUUCAGCGAUUACUGCCGCAGGGGACAUCAAUAAUGACGGAUUCCAAGACGUUGCCAUUGGUGCUCCAUAUGAAAGUAUAUCCGGUGCUGUUUACAUUUACCACGGCUCUUCAAAGGGAAUACGUACGCAAUAUGUACAGCGGAUAUCAGGACAUUCAAUUAAUGUGAACCUUAAAGGGUUUGGGAGCUCGCUCUCCGGUGGAAUGGACGUGGAUGACAAUGGGUACCCGGAUUUAGCUGUUGGGGCUUUCCAUAGCGAUUCAAUCGUACUAAUCAGAUCGUCGGCGAUUAUUGAUAUUCACAUAACUAUUCAAUUGAAUUCUUCCCGCAUCGAGAUGGAGAAACGAUGUAACAUACACGGGAAUGAAGUUCCUUGCUCGACAGUAACUACGUGUCUCAAGUUCGAUGGGCAUUUCGUACCAAACAUCGUAGUUCUAAACUACACGCUAACAGCUUAUACACCAUCGCCGAAGUCAGACGAAGCAAAGAAAGAAGUAAACUUUUUCCUCACCACUAGUCAUAUGACCAGCUUUGUUUCAGGAGCCCUGACUCUAGUUCAUAGCGAGCAGCAAUGUUUUGACGCUAGUGUUUUGUUGACGAAGAGUUUAACGGAUUACACAGUUCCUUCGACGUUCAAUCUUGCGUAUAACAUGAUAGAUGAUACAUUCACGAAUGGCGAGAGCGUCUCGUCAAAGAGGAGACUCCGUCCGAUUCUCAACCCAUACACGGGUAAUCAAUUUUCAACAGAGGUGCUCCUUUUACGUAACUGCAAAUUCAACCAUGAUUGUAGAAGCAACCUUAGUGUGAAUGCGGCUUAUCAGAUGAGGCGAGGGCUUCCCUAUCUUGAGUUUGGCGUGGAGACUACGUUCACUAUCGACAUUUCCGUCCGGAAUCUUGGUGACAUUAUUUACAGCGUUGGAGUAAUCCUACAAUUUCCCAGACAUAUAGAGUACUUGAGUUUCAAUCCUCUAUCGCAUGAAGCAAUAAACUGUGAGUUGCAAGCUGAAGACCUCACAAUCGAUACAUCUAUUCUUGAAUGUUCCAUAGAGAAGGUGUUCCUACGGCAAGAUGAGUAUCGUUUCAAGUUAGAUUUCAACAUUGAAAACGAACAAAAUCAACAAUCAGCCUUAGCAGAUGAUAGCCUCAUCUUCCAGCUUCUUACUAAAGUUGAGAAUCAUACGUCAUCAUCAGGCGUUUCUCAACUCCAAAUACCAUUGAUAGUUGCUGCUGACAUCGGAAUAACAGGAAUAUCGAUUCCAGAACAGAUUUUCCCCGACAGCAUUCACCCGAUUGCAAACUUCAACACAACAAUUAUAGACACAACACACGGUGGUAUCGGUUAUUUCGAACACACAUUCAAACUAAUAUUUGCCAUUCGUAAUUUCGGCCCUAGUUACGUUGAUUCUAAAGUAAAUGUUGAUAUUCAAAUACCACGUGCUGUACAUGGAGGGGUCAUCACGGUGGAUGCUACAACUAUUAAGAUAUUAGGUGAUGGAACGUGCCAGAAAAAGGAAUCUCCUAAACACUCCGAUGAUACUGGAACUCACUCACAUCUUGAUAAUACACUGAACUGCUCCAAUACUAAAUGCCAGAUAGUCAGUUGUACUCUACCCGACCUGCCAGUUGAUAAGAGUUCGAUCAUUGAAGUCUCCGUGGUCAUCAGCCAGAAUGGGAUGUUGAAAAAGCUAGUGUCACUCGUUUCUAUUGCGAAUGUUUCCAGGGAUGAAGAGCAUGCCACGAAGCCAAUUAUAUCAACAAAACAUGGACUAUUAAAGGUUGUCACCACACUAGUACCGAGUGAUACCGGCAAAGUCAAACGUACAAGUAUAAGCGGUGUUAGUGUUGUUGUCAGUGUUUUUGUCGGCCUAGCAUUUUUACUUGCCAUUAUACUGGUUUUGUGGAAGUGUGGGCUUUGGAAGCGACCAACACACUACGUGAUCAACAACCAACUUGGAGAAGUCGAACCUGUCGAGCUAUAGUAUACGGUGUCGAACCAUGAAUACAACACCUUCACAUAGAUAAAUUAGGAUAAGAUCUAGGUUGUAAAAACCAUGAAAUUUAGUAUUGCCAGAGCCGUCGGUAUCGCACAGACUUUGGCCGGAUCAUUUUUCAUAUUUUUAUUAAUUUAAAAAAUAUAUGUACCUGUUAGCUAUAAAUUUUAUAAAUUAAUUAAUAAUUUUUUCACCACAAUAUCAUUCUAAUGUUAUUUUUAAAUAAACGUUCACCAUGUGGGUGUUGUAGUGCACUGUAAUCUAGGCAUUUUACGCCCGUGUUAUAAAUUAAUCGAACACUUUUUUGACAAUCCUUAAUUGUAGUAGUUAUGAUUAUUUUUGAAAAUGUUUAGCGGUAUAAUAAUAAAUUAACAAUUGACUAUACAGUA